CAAGUCGAGGAGAGAAAAAGUUUAGAGAGGGGGACAGCAGAGGCGCACGGUGCCACAGCCAGAGCCGGAGCCAGGAGCCAGCAGCAGCCAGGACGGGAAGCCUCUGCGGGCGCAGCCACACCGAGCACCGCCGAGCAGAAGAAGAAGAAGAAGACGUCCAGAUCAUUUCCCCACAGAGGAGUGGGUGUGCAGCGGGGGAGCAGCGGGGGGCUAUGACCCGCCGGUAGAGAACCGGAGAGCCCGAGAGAGAGAGAGCGAGAGAGAGCGACAGAGUUCCAGCGCAGCAGGCGGACGCUCGUUCCAUUUCGCCCCCGACAACAUGAGUGGAGACUCCGGGUCGAGCGCGCCGCGGCACCUCGCCGCGCCGCUGCUGCUGCUCGUCCUGGCGCUGUGCGCGGUGCAGCGCGCCGACGCGAAGGCCUGCCACGGAUGUGUCGGAUCCACUUGUGACUGCAGCGGAGUGAAAGGAGCCAAGGGUGAACGGGGUUUCCCGGGUCUCACCGGACAGCCAGGGGUCCCGGGGUUCCCUGGACCCGAGGGGCCGAUCGGAGGCAGAGGAGAGAAGGGUAGCGACGGACCUCAGGGACCAUAUGGUCCAAAAGGACUCAGAGGGCCUUCAGGGUUGCCAGGAUUCCCAGGAACUCCAGGUCUACCGGGUCUGUCGGGGCAGGAAGGACCCCCGGGCCCCAGAGGAGUGCCCGGUUGCAACGGGACAAAGGGCGACAGAGGUUACCCAGGGUCCUCCGGUAUCCCCGGACAACAAGGACUUCAGGGUCCACCUGGUCUGCCAGGAUCAAAGGGAGACCCAGGCGACGUGAUCUCCACCAACCGUUUCGGAGACAAAGGAGCAGUGGGACUGCCCGGAUUGCCGGGAGUUCCGGGCUCCCCAGGGCCCGCUGGUUUGCAAGGUCCGCUCGGCCCUCCAGGACCCAGAGGCUAUGAGGGUCGUCCCGGUCCUCCCGGUCCCCCCGGGCCCAAGGGAAACAUGGGUUUGAACUUCCAAGGACCCAAAGGAGAGAAGGGUGAACCAGGUUUGCCGGGACCCGCCGGUCCUCCGGGGCAGGUGGGGGAGCAGAAGAGGCCGCCAGAGACGGAGAUUCAGAGAGGAGACAAGGGUGAUCCAGGAAUUCCCGGCCAACCGGGCGAUCCAGGCUAUCCAGGGCCUCCCGGCCCCUCGGGUGGAAACAAGGGAGAUAAGGGCGAACCAGGAGAGGCCGGCAAACGGGGCAAACCAGGCAAAGAUGGCGACCCGGGUCCUCCAGGCUUCCCUGGAGUCAAAGGAGAUUCAGGAUUGCCAGGUCCUCCAGGCAGGGAUGGAGAGAGAGGUCUAAAAGGAGAUCGUGGAUACCCCGGCCCACCAGGAGUGGUGCUUGGCGGGCAGUCAGGAGGUCUGGUCGGUCCUAAAGGUGAGCCCGGAUACCCCGGGUCAAAUGGCCUCAAAGGAGACAGAGGACCAACAGGUUUGUCAGGACCCCCCGGACAACCAGGACGCCCAGCAAUUGGUGGCAAUGGUCAGCCUGGACCUCCAGGUUUCCCUGGGGAGAGGGGUCAGAAGGGAGACAGUGGGGCUCCAGGAAUCUCUUUGCCAGGAUCCCCGGGACGUCCGGGAUCUCCUGGUGGCCAGGGCCUACAGGGGCCCCCUGGACCUCCAGGCUUUUCCAGUGCAGCUCAAAACUGCGUCACCGGAGAGCCCGGGCGUCCAGGCGUGCAGGGAGAGAGAGGUUACCCAGGAAACUCGGGCCAGAAAGGUGAGAAAGGUGAAACCUGCGUGAAUUGCUUUACUGGCACAAGUUCCGUCCCAGGACCCCAAGGACCGGCGGGAUCACCUGGAUUCCCUGGAACUCCUGGCAGCCCAGGUCUCAAAGGAGACAGAGGAUUUCCAGGAACGUCUGGUGGUGUCGGCUCCCCUGGUUCCCCCGGUCCUCAGGGCUCUCCAGGAUUCCCCGGAGAGAAGGGUGACCCAGGUGAUGCAAUCGCAGUCAGUGGUAUCAGGGGAGAUAAAGGUGACACUGGCUUCCCCGGAUCACCCGGUCUGCCAGGAUUGGAUGGUCGGUCUGGUCGUGAUGGACAGCCUGGAUCUCCUGGACCCAAAGGAGCUCCAGGCUCUCUGCUGGUGAAAGGAGAACGAGGACUACCCGGCGAUUCAGGUGCCCCUGGUGUUCCAGGGGACAGGGGUCUUCCUGGUCCACCUGGCUUUGGACCUCAAGGGCCCCCAGGAGAGAAGGGUAUUCAGGGUGUCUCAGGAAGACCUGGAGGCCCCGGCGCACCCGGUGGUAAAGGUGAACCAGGCCUAGCAGUGGCAGAGAAAGGCUUACCAGGAUCCAGAGGACAGGAUGGCGAGCCCGGACUGUCAGGUUCACCAGGUAACCCAGGUCAGCCCGGACAGCCUGGUUUCCCUGGUUUACCAGGAGCAAAAGGUGAUCCUGGACUCCCGGGUAUCGGACUCCCUGGACCCCCAGGAGCUAAAGGAUUCCCAGGUAUCCCCGGCCAGCCAGGAUCUCCUGGAGGACCAGGCAGACCAGGAGUAGAUGGACUCCCUGGCCAGCCUGGACUUUCUGGACUUAAGGGUGAACCGGGCUUUGGACUUCCUGGUCCACCUGGUUUACCAGGAGUCCCUGGAUCUAAAGGUUUCCCCGGACUAAAGGGAGAUUCUGGUUUCCCUGGCGGCCCUGGUUCACCAGGAAGAUCUGGAUUUGACGGCGGCCCAGGAUCCAAAGGUGAGCCCGGUAUACCUGGUAGCCCUGGAUCUCGUGGCCCACCUGGACCCCCCUCCAUUGGCUCAUUGGGGGUCCCAGGCCCCCCUGGAACUCCAGGCCCAAUGGGACCACCAGGAUUCCCUGGAUCAAAUGGAGGGAAAGGAGACCCCGGCCCUCCAGGUCUAGACAUCCCAGGAUUGCCAGGAGACAGAGGAGCUCCAGGUUUCCCAGGUUCUCCAGGACCAGCUGGAACCCCUGGACCUCCUGGAGGUCCUGGACGGGACGGCCUGCCUGGAUUGCCAGGUAACAAAGGAGACAUGGGUCCCAUGGGAUCUCCAGGACCUUCUGGAGGCCCAGGAGGACCAGGAGGACCUGGCGCUCCUGGACUUAAAGGUGAAAACGGAUUCCCAGGUAGAGACGGUGGACCCGGUGGUCCUGGCGGUAAAGGAGAGCGGGGCGACCCCGGUGUCCAGGGACCCCCGGGUCCCAGCACGACACAAUUAGCCAUCAAGGGAACCAAAGGAGAUCCAGGACUAUCAGGUGCACCAGGUUUUCCGGGUCAGAAAGGCAUCAGCGGUCUCCCUGGAGACCCUGGACUUUCGGGAUCAGAUGGUCGCCCGGGACUCCCCGGACCACCAGGUCCCAAAGGAGAUUCUGGAAUCCCAGGAAGCUCAGGUGGACCUGGAGGACCUGGACUAAAAGGCAGCAUGGGAGAAAUGGGAUUCCCUGGACCAUCAGGGCAGAAGGGUCUACCAGGUCAGUCGGGACGGCCAGGAUCGCCGGGACAGCCAGGAUCAUCUGGUUUCCCUGGAUCUAAAGGUGAACCAGGUUCUGCGGGAGUCGGACCACCUGGACAAUCUGGACCCAAGGGUGAGCCAGGCCAGCCUGGGUUCCCAGGAAAUUCAGGACUCAAAGGAACUCCAGGAUCACCCGGUCUCCCAGGUUUACCUGGAGGACCAGGCGUCAAAGGUGAUCCAGGCCUCCCAGGAUUCCAAGGUUCUCCUGGUAUCUCUGGGCCUAAGGGUCUUGACGGGGGGCCAGGUGCCCCAGGUCUCACUGGAGCACCCGGUAGACCAGGAGAGGGUGGACGAUCAGGAGCACCAGGGUUGCCAGGAGACAAGGGUCAGGCAGGUCGGGAUGGGAUCCCAGGACCGGCUGGAGUCAAAGGAGAGCCAGGACUUCCUGGUUUCGGUGGCCCCGGUCCUUCUGGGCUUCCAGGGUUGCCAGGUGCUAAGGGAGACCCAGGUCUUUCCGGUCCCUCUGGCAAUCCAGGUUUCCCUGGCACUAAAGGAGAGGCUGGCUUCCCUGGUUCCCCUGGUCUUCCAGGAAACAACGGCCCUCCUGGGCCUCCAGGACUGGCUCUGCAGGGCCCGAAAGGACUCCAAGGUCCCCCCGGACCCCCUGGACGAGCAGGUCCCUCAGGUCCUCCAGGUCCAGCCGGUCCCGAGGGUCCUCGUGGACCCCAAGGAAGUGGCGGCGUUAAGGGAGAGAAGGGUAUUGCCGGCGCUCCCGGCCAGCCCGGCUUCCCCGGACAGAAGGGAGACGCCGGUGUUCCAGGAUUCCCUGGUACCUCUGGUCUUCCCGGCGGCCCCGGUAUAAAGGGAGACAUCGGUCUGCCUGGCGUUCCUGGAUUCCCUGGACCGAAGGGAGACUCCGGACUUCCCGGUGGCAGCGGUCUUCCUGGAGAUCCUGGAGAAGUUGGACUUACUGGCCCUCCCGGUGAUCCCGGUGUUUCUCCGACUCCCAUUGUGGUGAAGGGAGAGCGAGGACCCCCUGGUCCUCAGGGCCAGCCUGGUUCUCGGGGCCAGCCUGGGUCUCCUGGACGCGACGGACUCACCGGUCAACCUGGUAACCCUGGAGAUCCUGGAACGGAGGGUCCGCCUGGCUUCAGCGGCGCACCUGGCAGGAAGGGAGACACUGGACCUGCAGGCCAGCCCGGUCAGCGUGGCUACCCGGGUCCCCCCGGUUCAGACGGUCCACAGGGCCCCCCUGGUCUUCCGGGAACAGCCUCUGCAGCCCACGGCUUCCUGAUCACGAGACACAGCCAGGGUCAGGAUGUGCCCAGCUGUCCCGACGGGACGAGCUCCAUCUACGACGGAUACUCCCUGCUCUACGUGCAGGGCAACGAGAGGGCACACGGACAAGACCUCGGCACGGCGGGCAGCUGCCUGCGCCGGUUCAGCACCAUGCCCUUCAUGUUCUGCAACAUCAACAACGUCUGCAACUUUGCCUCCCGCAACGACUACUCCUACUGGCUGUCCACGCCGGAGCCCAUGCCCAUGAGCAUGGCCCCCAUCACCGGGGAGGGCAUCAAGCCGUUCAUCAGCAGGUGUUCGGUGUGUGAAGCUCCGGCCAUGGUGAUCGCAGUCCACAGUCAGACCAUCCGGAUUCCCUCGUGCCCUGCGAACUGGGAAGCUCUGUGGAUCGGAUACUCCUUCAUGAUGCACACCAGUGCGGGUGCCGAGGGCUCCGGUCAGGCCCUGGCCUCCCCUGGCUCCUGCCUGGAGGAGUUCCGCAGCGCUCCCUUCAUCGAGUGCCACGGCAGGGGGACGUGCAACUACUACGGCAACUCCUACUCCUUCUGGCUGGCCACAGUAGAAGCCACUGAGAUGUUCAGGAAGCCCCAGCCGGAGACUCUCAAGGCGGGAAACCUGGGGACGCGCGUCAGCCGCUGCGUGGUCUGCAUGAAGAGGACGUAACGGCACACGGCAACCGCGAGCACGCCCACUGUUGCCGGGGGACGACCAAUCAUUAACGAUAGAUGAUUGGAUGAGGGACAAGUAGCGGGAGGGGGGGCGGGUGGGGUGGAGUUGUGGUGGUCGCCAUUGGCGACGAGGUGGAAUUCCUAUGGUGCAUUUGUCUUCCGAGGGGGGGAAAAACAAACUAAUUGUGUUAAAACUUAAACAAUGGUGCUACUGUGCGACACAGCUUACAAAAAACAAGAAAAGAAAAAAAAAACUGACGUGAAUAAAUCUGACAUUCAGUCUUUGUUUUUCUUAAGAAGUACCUCAACAUGAAAGCAGAAAGAUAUCCACUAAACGGUGCCACGGCGGAUGUGUGCAUUUUUUCUUUCUCUCUUUCCCCUUCUUUCCCUUUCACUUAAACAUAUUAAAAAAAGAAAACACACUUUUGACGUUGGUGCAACAAAAAAAUGUGAUACUGUUCAUCGAGGUUCCAGACAGAAGUGCUCUUUUGUUCCCUUUUUUGGGGGUGGGGCUUAUUGACGAGGACUGGGUGAUUAACCAAAUCGGCACUUUUUUGACUUCGGAACAUCCACGAUGAGAUGCACUGACGAUGAGCUUUCCUUUCGUGACGCUGACUGCCUUUUUUUCUUUUUUCUUUUUGAAUGACUAGCUCGUCUUCAUUCUCUCUCUUUCUCUGUCGUCCUCCCGUCGUGUUGUGGCGUCACACCUGCUGGUACUAACGCUGCCGUAGCUUCGCCCGCUAACUGCCAGCCAACACCUUCUCUUUCUCUUCCCCCCUGUUUUUUUCUUUCUUUGUAAGUAAUAAAAUGUGUAUAUUAUGUAAAACAGCUUCGUUUUUUUUUGUGUAUUAGCUCUUCGGUCAGUAUCAGCUGUUUGUUACGAUUUUCCGGAUUCUUUUUUUUUUUUUUUUUAGCUCGCGCACAUUCUCACGCCUUCACACACAAACACACACACACACACACUCAUUGUAUUCAUCCACUCACUCCACUGCUCACUGACACACACACCAACUCAGAUAUUGUACAAAGUAAGGCUUUUAUGAAUGAAACAGUAUUUUAUAUAUAAUAAAUAUAUAUAUUUGAAAAAAAAGAGAGGUUUAAAAGGUAUAUAAACUCUAUUCGGCUGCGGGGAGAUUGUUUUCCACCCAGGUUUUUUUUUGCAUUUGACCGGAAAAUAAAGCGAACUAGACGAGACACACAGACGAGAGCCAUUUUCCCUCAGACAUAAUAGUCUUGUAUGAUGUUAACGAUGCCAAUCGCUUAAACCUUUUGUAUUCAAUUUGUAGAAUUAAUAAAUGUUGAACUGAAAUAAAAGGGGAUUUGCUUUUAGGUAGUCUAAUGAUUUGGGGAAUGUUACCGAUGUUUUGUGCGAGAAAACGGAUUCAAUUGAAAUUUUUGUCUGAAAACCAUGAUUGCAUUAUUUUUUCCAGGUGCUGGGCUUUACUGUAAAAAAAGAAUAAAAAAGAGAGCCUGGGUUUCUGAGGGGAGGUUGGGUGUGAGGGGGGGCUCAAAUCCACUUUGUCUGACCUGAACCCGUUCUCCAGAACCGGUUCCAGUCUUCACGCUGGACUCUGGUGAAACAGGCGUCUGAACAUUGAGAUCCGGUGUAACGGUCGCCGAUGUGAUCAGACUCCUGAUGUACUGUAAGUCUUGUCUGAGAGGGGGGGGGGGGGGAUUACUUGUGAUUCCUGUUGUUUAUUUUGAUUUUUUCAAAACUGCUUUCAUGAACUCUAAUUUUAUCAAACUGGGUUGCGAUCAAAAAUGUGUAUUAAUUUUUUUUGUUCUAUUUUUGUUUUUCAUGUUAUGUUAUCCAGAAGUUGUUAUAAACUUUUAAGACUGAAAUAAAUACUAUGUCCAAAU